AUGGAAAGGCUGGUACUUUUGAUGACCUUUUGUUCGCUGUUGUCCUGUACACAGCAAGCACCAUCAUUUCUUAUAACUGCCCCAAAUGUGGUGCAUUUGGGAACAAAGGAGACAAUAACAGCUCAAGUCCAUGGAGCACAGAGCCCUGUGCAAGUUACUGCAUACUUCAAAGAUGAGACAAAAAAUCAGCUCCUGUCAGAGAGGAUCAUCUUUAACCUUAACCAAAAUAACAACUACCUAGAGAUGAAAAAAGUCAUGGUCAAGCCAGGGCCUCUGCAACAGGAUCUGUUCAAGAGGAGCAGUCGACCAUAUGUGCUGUUGGUCACCGAAAGCAGGGACCUUUACAAGGAGACUGUUCAAAGCACUCGCAUCCUCCUGUCUUCCAAGAGAGGCUACAUUUUUAUUCAGACAGAUAAGCCCAUAUAUACACCAAAUUCCAAAGUAAAAUACAGGAUCUUCAUUCUGGACAAUGCUAUGAGGCCAGCAGAUGAUACAGUUACAGUUGCUGUGCUAAAUUCAAAAGGAAUUGUGGUUAAAAAGUCUGACCAGAAAGUAAAAACAAUGUUCAGUGAAAACUUUGACAUACCUGACAUCGCUGAGCCUGGAACUUGGAAAAUAAAAGCCUGGUUUCAUCAAUAUGAAAUGUCUAAUGUUUCUGCUGAAUUUGAAGUUAAAAAUUAUGAACUUCCAUCUUUUGAAGUCAAACUCAUCCCAGUUCAGCCAUAUUACCAUAUCUGGAAUGAAAAUUUUGUGUUUGAUAUAGAGGCAAGACACUCUUAUGGGGAAGGGAUUCAAGGGGCUGCAUAUGUGCGAUUUGGCAUAAUUGAUGAAAAUGAGAAAAAAGUCUUUCUUCCAGGCCUGGAACAACAGCUGUCAAUUCAAAAUGGAAAAGGAAGAGUUACUUUAAACACAGCAUUUCUGGAAGAGAAAUUAAAAAAGAGUAUUUCCACUCUUGAAGGGUUUCAUUUAUAUGUUGCUGUUACCACUGUAGAAACUGCAAGUGGUGAGAUAAGGGAAGAGGAACUCAGCAAUGUCAAGUUUGUGAAAUCUCCUUAUGCUGUUGAUCUGUCUAACACCAAAAAGUAUUUUGUGCCUGGAGCCCCCUUCACUGUUGUGGCAUCUGUAUCUUUGCCUGAUGGCUCUCCUGGUGCUUUUAUACCUGUCACUGCUACUGUUACUUUGCCUGAAAAAAACCCAAUGAAGAAGACUGUACUUUCUAAUAAGAAGGGUCUAAUCUCCUUCACAUUUGACAUCCCUGGAGAUGCUCAGAUGCUUCAAAUAACGGUAAAGGCUAAAGAGGGAAAAGAAAAAUUAGAAUCACCUGAAGCCAGUAUCAGAGCUGAAAGAUACCAGUCAUCUUCCCCAGAUUUCCUCAGCAUCAGCAUCCCACAUACUGUCAAGGCACCUGGAGAUACCUUAAGCAUCACUUUGAAUGAUAUUCAUGAGUCUGGCAGCGGAAAGAUUGAUUAUUUCUAUUAUAUGGUUGUGGCAAAGGGACAAACUGAGGUUUUGGGAAGGGUCCUCUCCUCAAAUAAAGUAAUAAACCUUAAAAUCACUGAGAAGAUGGUGCCUGCCUUUCGCUUUUUAGCUUACUACUUCAUUGGGAGGAAGGGCCAUGAAGAGAUUGUUGCUGAUUCUGUAUGGGUGGAUGUUAUGGAUGUCUGUGAAGGAAAGAUUAAAGUGAGAACAGAACAAGAGAAAUAUGAACCAACAGACACCGUCAAGUUACAGAUUGAAAUGGACCAUGCAGGAACAGUGGCCUUAGCUGUGGUUGAUAAAGCAGUUUUUAUACUGAACAAGAAAAAUAAGCUCACAGCCAAAAAAGUAUUUAAUGCUAUGAAUUCGUAUGAUCUUGGAUGUUCUCCAGGUGGUGGCGCAAAUAGUGUUCAAGUUUUUACUGAUGUUGGCCUGGCCUUUAUAUCAAAUACAAUUAAAUCCAAUCUCCGGGAAGGUUAUAAAUGCCACCAGGAUGCCAGAAGGCAGAAGAGAUCUUUGGAUUUUCAGAGGAAAAUGUCAGAAAUUGCCAGGAAGUACCUAAAUACUGAAGUGAGGAAAUGCUGCGAAGAUGGAAUGAAAUUAAAUCCCAUGAGGUUUACCUGUGCAAAAAGGCUGAGCAAGGUGGCCGGCUCCCCUGAGUGCCUGCAGGCAUUCCAGGACUGCUGUGAGAAGGCCACCGAGCUCAGGAAGCAGGCGAAGCGAAGGAUCAGAGUGGGCUUGGCACGAUACUACGAUGACCAGGAAGAAUUGUUUGAUGAAACCUCUGUCAAUUUGCGCAGUUAUUUUCCUGAGAGCUGGUGGUGGAAUUUAGAAGAAGUAAAAAACCCUGGAAACCAUAGUGUAGAAAACUUUGCUCCUGACUCUAUAACUACCUGGGAAGUUCAGGCAAUAAGCAUAUCUCCCCAAAAAGGAUUUUGCAUAGCUGACCCCCACACUUUUGCUGUCUUCAAAGACUUUUUUGUAUCCCUGAGGUUACCAUAUUCAGUCAAACGAAACGAACAGCUAGAAAUAAAAGCAGUGGUUUACAACUAUCUGCCUGAGGAUCUCCAGGUUACAGUGAGCAUGGAGGCAGUGGAGGGGCUGUGCGCUGCAGAAGAAAGGGAGAAGGCUGUGCAGUUGACACUGGUGGCUAAGGGGAACUCUGCAACACCAGCCUACUUCUCAGUUGUCCCUCUGACUGUGGGAGAAAUUCCAAUUACAAUCACUGCGUUUGCCACAGCUCCUGGGUACAGUGACAGCAUUAGGAAGAACCUCAUUGUUGUGGCUGAAGGUGUUUUACAGAGAGAAGAAAAUACCAUUUGCAUUAACAGUGACUUAAAGUCCCACACACUGGACUUGAACAAGCCAUCUGAUAUGAUACCAGGUUCUGAUAGUCACGUGUUUGUUAGCCUGAAAGGAAAUCUCAUGGAUGAGUCUGUUGAGAAUUGUCUUAGUCUCACUGGAGUUGAGAAGCUCAUUAAACUGCCUACAGGCUGUGCAGAGCAAACAAUGGUGAAAAUGGCCCCUGCAGUCUAUGCUAUUGAGUAUUUGGAUGCCAGCGAGCAGUGGGUGAACAUGGAUCCUGAAAAGAAGGAGGAAGCCAUCAAGAUGAUUGAGAAAGGUUAUACUAGAGUGCUUGAGUUUCAGAAGGUGGAUGGCUCCUAUGGAGCAUUUAAGUCAAUCCCCAGUAGUGUGUGGUUAACUGCAUUCAUUGUUAAAGUACUCACAAGGUGCAGAGAAUUCAUUAGUGUCCAAGACAGUGAUAUACACAAGUCGAUUUCCUACUUGAUUAAUCAACAGCAGGCAGAUGAUUCAUUCCAUGACCAUCACCCAGUACUGGACAGGACUAUGCAGGGUGGCAUUGGGUCAGCAGAAGAGGAUUUGGCAUUGACAGCCUUUGUAACCAUAGCAUUGCAACAGGCUGUACAAGCCUACGACUCACUUGAUGGGGUACAGGGGAUUAGACGAGCAGUGACUUACAUGAAAAAUCAACUUUCAAGAAAUACUAACUGCUAUUCUACAGCCAUCACUGCUUAUGCUCUGACACUUGUGAGCUCUGAAAGUGAAGAAGCUCGGUUUGCUAAAGAAAAAUUAAGAGACUGUUCUACUUUUGAUGCAGCGAAGCAGCAGCGCUACUGGGGGAACGGCAAAGAUGCAAUCUCGGUGGAAACCACUGGCUACGCGUUGCUUCAAACACUGCUCCUGAGAGACCUGGAGUAUGCAAGGCCUAUUGCUACGUGGCUGACAGAAAGAAGGAACUAUGGUGGAGGAUUCUGCUCUACACAGGACACAGUGGUGGCCCUAGAAGCUCUGUCAGCAUACAGCAUACAAACAUUGAACACUGCAUCCACCAACCUGACUGUAAAUCUGGGAACACCUGGAAAACAACAUGACUACAGUAUUACUCUGACUGAUACUGGUGACACAGUUCAGAAAAAGCUAGAGUUUGAACUUGGGAGAAAAGUUGAAGUGUCUGUAGAUGGCAGAGGAAAUGGGACAAUGAGUGUCCUAAAAGUGUACUGGUCUUCUGAGCUGAAGAACAACUCGUGUAAUGAUUUGAUUUUGACAGUGGAAAUGGAAGGGAGUAUUAAAUACUCUGAAGCUGAAUACUCUGAUGAAAACUAUGAUUAUGAGGACCCAUCUGCUGCAGAUAGUGCCACAUUUGAGCCACUAUCUGAAAUUGAGUGGUUUGAUAUCCACAGCAGAAGGAAAAGGGAUGUGGUGUCUCCCAGUAAAGCAGAAUUACUGCAGUACAAAGUCUGUGUCAGGUCCACAGGUUCCAAUGUACCAAAGAUGUCCCUGGUUGACCUCUCUCUGCUGAGUGGCUUGGAACCUGACACGAAGGAUCUUGAGCAGCUGGUGAUGUCUUCAGACCAGUACAUUCAGCACUUUGAGUACAAGGAAGGAAAGGUUUUGCUUUACUUUGGUGAGCUCACAAGUGGACCAGACCCAGACUGCAUAUCAUUUGGGGCAAAGCAAAUCAAUCCCAUGGGCUUGGUUCAGCCAGCAAAUGCCAUCCUUUAUGAUUUUUACAAUCCAGACAGAAAGUGCAGCAUAUUCUACAAUGCUCCCCAGCACAGUGCCAUGCUCUCAAAGGUGUGCAACGCCAAGGUCUGCCAGUGUGCAGAAGGUCCCUGUCCAAGACAAAGACUGACUUUCAGUAAAGCUGUAACAACUGACACACGCUUUAGUUUCGUCUGCUACCAUCCUAUUGCAGAUUAUGUGUAUGAGGUGGAGAUCCUCAGUAGUACACAGAAGAAUGUUUUUGAUUACUAUGAGGGCAAAAUCCACAGAAUCCUUAAAGCCACUGCUGAUGAAAGCAUCCAAGUGGGUGCCCACCGACAGUUCCUAAAGCGUUCCACGUGCAAGUUAAAUGUAGUUGUUGGCAAACGUUACCUCCUCAUGGGGAAAGAUGGGCAAACAGUUGAUUGCAACAACAAGAUGCAGUACCUCCUUGAUGCACAAGCCUGGGUAGAGAAAAUUCCCGAAGACAGCGAGUGCCGCACCACCCUGCGCCGGCAAGACUGUGCUGAGCUGCAGGACUUCAUGAACAGCCCUGACAACCCGUGCCGCCUCUGA